GUAGUGCGUAGCUACCUCACCAACACUGCGAAGCCACGUCACUUUCAUAAACCAGGCCACCUGCCACCGUCACUUAAAAUCAUCAAAAACAAAAACUCAUUCAGAGAGAGAAAGCAAAAAACAAAACACAAAAUGAACGAAGACGCCAAAAAGAGCACUCCCGGACCUCUAACGGCGAGGCCCGGCCCCGAUGACCGGAAACCGUUAUCGUUGCCGUCAACGGCGCCGCCCGUCCCCCCGAAGAAGGUCAUCAUCAAGAGCGCCGACAUGAUCUCCGACAUGCAGAAGGAGGCCGUUGAUAUCGCCGUCGCCGCGUUUGAGAAGUACAAUGUGGAGAAAGAUGUUGCUGAGCAGAUAAAAAAGGAGUUCGAUAAGAGGCAUGGCCCCACUUGGCAUUGCAUCGUUGGUCGUAAUUUUGGCUCAUAUGUGACUCAUGAAACAAACCACUUUGUUUAUUUCUAUUUGGAUCAGAAAGCGGUUUUACUAUUUAAAUCUGGCUAACGGCUAGCAAAGAAGUCAACAGCAAUGGAAUUGUCUUGUGAUUAUGCUGCUAUAUUCACUCCUCCAUGUAUUAAUUUCACUGGCACGCAAACUCUUUUCAGGACAUUCUUGUGCUUGUAUAUUUGAUGUCAUGUAAACUAGUUCUCAGUUUGGUUAUGAAUCUAAGUAUUACCUCAUCUCGAAAAUUAGUUC